AUGGAGGGCGUCCGCGUUGCCGUCGAAGGCUGUGGCCAUGGCACUCUCAAUGCCAUAUAUGACACGGUUAAGCGGUCCUCCCAAGAAAGGGGCUGGGAUGGGGUAGACCUCCUGAUUAUUGGCGGCGAUUUCCAGGCCGUCCGUAAUGCCGCAGACUUGACGGUCAUGUCCGUCCCAGCCAAGUAUCGCGAACUGGGCGAUUUCCAUGAAUACUACAGCGGGACCCGGACGGCCCCGUAUCUUACCAUCUUUGUGGCCGGCAAUCACGAGGCCGCAUCGCACCUUUGGGAGCUCUACUACGGCGGCUGGGUGGCGCCGAACAUCUACUACCUCGGCGCCGGAAACGUCGUCCGCCUGGGACCCAUCCGCAUCGCCGGCAUGAGCGGCAUCUGGAAGGGCCACGACUACAGAAAGACGCACUACGAGCGCCUGCCAUUCAAUCAGGAUUACGUCAAGAGCUUCUACCACGUCCGCGAGAUUGACGUACGCAAGCUGCUCCAGCUCAGGACGCAGGUGGAUAUCGGUAUCAGUCACGACUGGCCGCGGGCCGUCGAGCGCCACGGCAAUGAGAGGUCACUCUUCGGAAUGAAGCCUGAUUUUGAGCGCGAGUCUCGGGAAGGAACCCUGGGAAACCCUGCCGCAGAGUAUGUCAUGGACAGGCUGAGACCCCCGUACUGGUUCUCUGCACAUAUGCACUGCAAAUUCUCGGCAAUCAAGACGUAUGCUGCACCUGGGGGAUCAUCUGCUGAAGACGUCAAUACAGUCAGCGAGAGCGCUUCGGUACAAGAAACAGCACCGCCUAUGCCGGCGGAGAAUCCGGAUGAGAUUGAACUGGAUCUAGACGACGACGUUGAUGACGAAAAGACAACUGCUACUCCCCAGGAUGGCAAGAGAACCGAGGCAAGCGCUCCGAGUGACGGGAAUGGAGUCCCCGAGGAGCUCCGUGCCCAGCUACCGGCAUCAUUCGCGGCGCCGCAGCAGCAGCCUCGGACAAUACCCGGCCAGCCAGUCCCAGCGGGUAUUACGAACACGACGGUCCGUUUCCUGGCGCUGGACAAGUGUCUCCCUGGCCGCAAAUUCCUCCAGCUCUGCGAGAUCCACCCCUUCGACGCCUCCGACCUUGCCGCCCACCCCCCGAACCCAUCGGGGCCGAGAUACAGACUACAGUACGACCCGGAGUGGCUCGCCAUCACCCGCGUCUUCGCCGCGUCCCUCACGAUAGGCGACCCCGGAGCCCAGACCCCUCCCGACCUCGGCGAGGCGCACUACCUACCCCUCGUCGAGGCCGAGCGCGCGUGGGUCGAGGAAAACAUUGUGCGCAAGGGCAAACUCGACGUGCCCGAGAACUUCGCCGUCACGGCGCCCCCGCACGUCCCUGGAAGCCCCGAGAGCACCGACGCCCAGCCCAACGAGUACAGCAACCCGCAGACGGAGGCGUUCUGCGCCUUGGUCGGGGUGCCGAACCUGUGGGCGGCAAGCGAGGAGGAGAGGAGCGAGAGGAGGCAGAGGGGCCCACCGCCGUCGCAGUUCGGUGGCAGGGGAGGUGGCUUCCGAGUCUGCAGCCAUCAACAGCUCGAGGCAGUGUUCGACUGGAAUAUCCAUGUCUGGCACAUCUUCCUUGUCUCGGUUCCUGUACCAGUAGUGGAGAUAUUCCACGACCUUCUCAAGGACAAUGCCACUGCUAAGAGUUAA